AUGAGAAAGAACGUAUCCAAGAAGCCUUCUCUUACACAUUUCCUCUGCGUUCCACUUGUAAACUCGGUUUCUCAGCCUCAAUUAGAAGCCAGUAUUGGAAAGUUCAAGGAACAUGUGUGUUCCGCUGUCAUGAGCCUAGACGAAGGAAAGCUAGCUGAAGCCACUACCCUUCUUCAAUCUCUCAAUCUGAAUAAGUUGCUUUAUGAAGCUAAAGCAACCACCUCUACCGAACUAUGCAGCCCUACAAGCCCCGACACUCAGACCCCAGAUCAUGCACCUACGACUUCCUCGGAUACAAAUCAAAACGUGAUACGCGACCUCUCGAACGACCCCUUAACCAUCUCCCUCGAAUCUCUGGAACCAAUGCAAUCACCGUCCAAAACAAGUAUUCUCUACAUACGCCCCGAAGAUCCAACAAAUCGCCUCCAAAUCCUCUGUCAAGCACUACGAAAAACUUUCACAGAUGCCGGAUUAUUAAUCUCGGACACACGGCCAUUAAGACUGCAUGCCACACUCGUAAACACAAUAUACGUGAAAGGAAGGAAGAAGGGCAAGAAACCAAAGCCCGAGACUAUAAAGCCUAAAGAAGACGAAACCAAUGCUACAGAGCCAGAAAACCACCCAUUCUCGACUCAAGUCAUUGAUAGAGAGGAGAACAAGACAGAGAGUACAGGGAAAAAGGAGAGCGAGAAUACCUUGCAAGCCAACGAAGCUAGCUCAGGCCACGGCCCAUCAGCAAAAUCCUCUUUGUACAUCGACGCCACAUCCCUUCUCUCUACCUACGAGUCUCACAUCUGGGCUUCUGGGAUCCCUAUCCCGAAGAUCGCCAUCUGUGAAAUGGGUGUCAAGAAGCAGCUUUCCUCGACCGGAGAAGUCGUUGGGGAAGCUUACAAGGAGGUGGCUCUCAGAGAGAUCUCAGAGGCAUGA